AUGCCUCUCCUACGGCGGUCCACCGCAUUUUCGCAUCCCAUGCGAUAUGCUGGGCCUUCUGCCAUCCGGCAGCCUUCUACCAUCCGAAACGUUUCGUCAACAUCCUCUAGAUUUGCGCAAGGCUACGGUAAUGGUGAAGGGCAUCCGCUAGGAGAAAACCCCCAACAGCAAGGCAGCUCCAACGAAACGAAGGAGAACCUUGAGCACCCGGGGCCCCCGCCUCCAGCUGAAGGGCAAGGCAAGGGCGCUGGUCCAACUAAAGGAGCCUCCAAAGCGAAAACACAAUCCCCAGGCGAGGCAUCAGCAAGUUCAGGAGGGUCAAAGUCUAAGGAAGCAAAGGAAACUAGAUCUAGCCUGACAGCUGGCGAAGUAGGAAAGAGUGGAGGCAAGCAUAGCAGCCAACAGGAUAAGAAGGAAGGAAGGAAAAAACCGCCUAUCGAGGGGAAUCUUGGCCCAGAAGCCAAUAGCUUGGACAGUGCUGAAGUUGCCAAGCAUAACAAGGAGUUUGCGGAGGGUUAUGAUAGAGCCCCGAAGGCUCCGGGUACCAGGGAAGUGGAUUCCAAAGGUCGUUCAAUGGAUUAA